CGGGGGGGCGGGGGGGCGUGGGGUGGGGGCACCGUCCACUUUGCGGGGCAUCAGAAAGCAGGCCCAACAAACCGGGGAAAGGGUACAACCACGAAGGCAACAAAAUAGUUUCCCGGCCCUCUGGAGUGUCUUAGUUGGAGGCAGAUGAACGCCACGAUCUAGCAAACCCGAAGGGAAGGAAGCCAGCGAGGAGGGACUGGCGCGCGCAGGGUGCGGCGGGGGGAGGGAGAGAGAGAAAGAGAGAGAGAAGAGGAGGGACGGCCACCGGGUUUUGACUUAGAUAAUCAGCAAAAUUAAAAGGAAAAAAAAAAAAAAACCAACAACAACAACAUUGUAGCGACCAGGCAAAGAGCAGCGUGAUUGCAUGCGAGCGUCCCCACUCGUGCUCGGCGGGCGCCAGAGAGAAACGAUGCAGCAUCCUCUGACGGGGGCCACCUGCGUGGCGCUCCCCAACGUGGGCAUGUGUCCCCAGCUCUCGUGUGCCUUGACUUUUAUGUACUUACAGCAGGGUAAUCAGGAAGCAGCAGCUGCCCCAGACACAAUGGCUCAGCCUUACGCUUCAGCCCAGUUUGCUCCCCCUCAGAACGGCAUCCCGGCGGAAUACACGGCCCCUCACCCCCACCCCGCGCCCGAGUACACGGGCCAGACCACCGUCCCCGAGCACACGUUAAACCUGUACCCUCCCGCCCAGACGCACUCGGAGCAGAGCGCAGCGGACACCAGCGCGCAGACCGUGUCAGGCACCGCCACACAGACAGAUGACGCGGCACCAACGGAUGGCCAGCCCCAGACACAACCUUCCGAAAACACAGAAAACAAGUCCCAGCCCAAGCGGCUGCACGUCUCCAACAUCCCCUUCAGGUUCCGGGAUCCCGACCUCCGACAAAUGUUUGGUCAAUUUGGUAAAAUCUUAGAUGUUGAAAUUAUUUUUAAUGAGCGAGGCUCAAAGGGAUUUGGUUUCGUAACUUUCGAAAAUAGUGCCGAUGCGGACAGGGCGAGGGAGAAAUUACACGGCACCGUGGUAGAGGGCCGUAAAAUCGAGGUAAAUAAUGCCACAGCACGUGUAAUGACAAAUAAAAAGACUGUCAACCCUUAUACAAAUGGCUGGAAAUUGAAUCCAGUUGUGGGUGCGGUCUACAGCCCCGAGUUCUAUGCAGGCACGGUGCUGCUGUGCCAGGCAAACCAGGAGGGAUCUUCCAUGUACAGUGCCCCCAGUUCACUUGUAUAUACUUCCGCAAUGCCCGGCUUCCCGUAUCCAGCCGCCACCGCCGCGGCCGCCUACCGAGGGGCGCACCUGCGAGGCCGUGGCCGCACCGUGUACAACACCUUCCGCGCUGCGGCGCCCCCGCCCCCGAUCCCGGCCUAUGGCGGAGUAGUGUAUCAAGAGCCUGUGUAUGGCAAUAAAUUGCUGCAGGGUGGUUAUGCCGCAUACCGCUACGCCCAGCCGACCCCUGCCGCUGCCGCUGCCUACAGUGACAGAAAUCAGUACGUCUUCGUUGCAGCAGAUGAAAUUUCUUGUAACACCUCUGCAGUUACGGACGAGUUUAUGCUGCCGACCCCUACCACCACACACUUGCUCCAGCCCCCACCUACAGCGUUGGUGCCAUGAAUGCUUUUGCACCCUUGACUGAUGCCAAGACUAGGAGCCAUGCUGAUGAUGUGGGUCUCGUUCUUUCUUCAUUGCAGGCUAGUAUAUACCGAGGGGGAUACAACCGUUUUGCUCCAUACUAAAUGACAAAACCAUUAAAACCUUCCAAUGUGGGGAGAGAGGAAGCUUUCCGAGGCCUGGGUAUUGCAAUACACGCAGUAGUACAUCAUUUUAGCAGCUCUAAAAAUUAAAAAAAAAAAAAAAAAAAAAGAGGAAAAAAAAUUACAUUUUUUAUCUUAUACCUCAGAUAUUUUGUUCUGUGUAUUUUAAUAUUGUGGGUCUUUAAUUUCUGAAGGUUCCGUAGUUUGGUUGCUGGCUGUAGGAGUUUUUGUGGUUGAACUAGAGAGACGCUAGCUAUGAAUAAAAACCAGUUUAGGGCCAUAUCCAGAGUGCUAUAUCAUGUAAAUGAAUUCUAUAUGCUGAAUCUUAAGCUACUGGGGUUAUCAGCUGUCUGGGAAGAGUGUAAGUGACUACAAUAGUCAUUUUUUUCUGCAUCUGCUUUAUUUUAUUUUACGAGCGGGGAAGGGUGGGGGGGGGGUCUUAGGGGACCGGGAUUUGGGCUAAAAGGAAACCCAGAAUAGUAACUGACGAAUCCAAACGACCCACUGCACCAACAAUCAUAUGUCAGCGGUUCUAAGUUACUCAUUGAGUUCAAGCCAAAGGUUAUGUUGUUUAAGGGAGUGCUUCUCCAAGCACUUUGUGCAUCCAAGUUGAAGUUGAAUGAAGCUGUGCAAACCCACCCUUUAAACCAUUCCACUUGGCCGUAUUCAGCUUCUCAACCAGCCGCUAGUUAUUUAGGCAAAAACUGCUAGUUAGGCCAUCAACAAGCAUUCUUUUUAUAUUUCUUCCAGUAUAAUAAAUUAUUGAUAUCAUUGCUGACUUUUAUAUUAUGGGAGGGAAAAAAAAUAACAUUAAUAAAAAGGUGAUAAAAAAGCACUGUUUCUAUUUUUUUCUUUUUUUCCAAAAAAAGAAAGUAAUAAAAACUUAAAUUCUUUGUACCAGUUAAAAAAAAAAAUGUAUAAAAUUUACAUCUGUGCAGUGGCGUUGUUAAGUUCUAGAAACAGUCUAUGAAGCUUUAGUUUUAGCCUAGUAGAGCAACUGUUAGAGACAGAUGUAUAAUUUUUAUGGAAUUACAUGAUAAUCAUAUUCGGAUUUAUAGAAGCAUUUUACAAGUAUUGCAAUCAUUGAGUAGAGAUAAUCAUGGUAUUUUCAUCAGCUUGGUACUUUUUGAAACAUGACUGUGUUGUGUGAACAAUCUGCAAUUUUUCCGUCCGUGAGAGCCCGCCCUCCUCCUCCUCCUCCUGGUCCCCGAGGAGUCUCUCAAACCAGUAUCUUUAGUUCCGCCUCCAAGGCCCAGGACACUUGUCAGAAGGAAGCAAAAAAAGUAGGUUCCCUCUCCUCUCCCCAUAACCCGCCCCCCAAGAACAAAGCUCCUUCCCCCCAGCAGGGCCAGAGUGACCGACGAAAAAUUGCAGUUUGUACUACUUCUGUUUGAACUCUUUCCAUGUUGUCCUGUUUACAAGUUAACCUAAGUUGGGGUAUCUGUCACGGGUCUUCCUGUUUUUGUAUUUAAAUGAAAAACAAACAGCGGCCAGCCGCCUCCAGUAGUCCCGCUGCCAUAGGUCAGUCUCCUUGUGUACAGCGUAGGCCCUAUGGCGCGCCCCUCAGCCGAUUAUCAACUCACCGCUGUGGACCUGCCAAUCCGCUUUAACAACUCCGCUUUCAAACAAAACCAAACAAAACUUUAAAAAAAAAAAAAAAAAGUGUGUGUGAUCCAGCUUUUCUCUUGUCAUCUAUGUGCAUGCAGUAAGAUCGGUUGGAUAUUAAACCAUCAAUAAAGUUUCACAAGAUUUGAAAACAAAGUUUCUGAAGCUUCGCUAUGUAAGACAGAUGCUCGGGGAUCUGGAGAGGAGCCAAGGGGUGGCGGGGGGCGGUGGGGCACUGCUUAGCAGCCAGAAGCAAGCAUGUCAGAUGUUCUUUUCCGCAGACCGAUGUGGGUGGGGGAGCGCGGGCCAGAGAGGGUGUUUUUAGGCCAUUCUCAUUCCCACCGAGAGGACAGUGCUAGGACCGUGGGUGCCGGGCAGAUGUGUUUCUAAUUCCAUGAAAUCACGCCGGCACCCUGCCCCCAGAAGGGAGAGAGGUCAAAGGGACGGGGGGGGGCUCGGGAGAACCCAAAACUCUCUCCCGAUGGCCUCCGAGGUCAGAAAUCCAGAAUUUGCAUUGUAUUUGGAAUCACGAACAUAGAAUUCUUACUGUGUGGGUUCAAGUAAAAUUAAUUUGCAGUUUUGAUUUUCAUCAAUGAGCUGUACUUUCCCCCAUGACUGUAUGUAGUUUUAAUAAAAUCAUUUAGAGCAAGUGAGUGCCCCAUGAUGUUCCAAAACCUUUCGUCUGGGCACUCCGCCAAGAUGCCAAUAAGUCAUUUUAAAAUGUAUGUCAGAGAUGUAAACGAACAUUUUGGAUUUUUUUAAACAGUAUUUAUUUGGAAUGUUUUCAUUUAUCUAAGUAACUAUUGCUAUUAUGAAUUAUGGAAAAAAAAGAUUAAUAUCAUGUGUGGCAUAUAGUGACUUCUUAACACACACAUCACGCAAUCUGCAAACCCAGAAAAUGUGUAUAUCUGUCUUUAGAAAUUAGUGUUUAUAUCACUUACAGUGGUUUGUGAAUAAAGAAAAACUGGUUUGUAAUAUCAAAAAAAUAAAAGCUUAGUCUGAAAAGGUA